UUUUGUGGUCCAUCGUGCAGGGAACAGACCACCUUAACACUAUUAUGGUAGGCUUUGAGAUCCUACCGAGCACGACAUUUCUCAGCUUGGGUCGCGCCAAUAUUGGUGGAAGAUUUGCAGAUGCCUUAUUGAACGUUCGGUGGCUUCACUGGCAAGGGUGCCCUCCAGAUUUUGAAGCAAUCAGCAUUCAUUUGGGGAACCUAGUUAUUCUUGAUCUUUCGUGGAGUAAGGUUACAGAAUCCUGGAGAGGUUGGAAAGGAAUUAAGAUGGAGCGUUUGAAAGUCAUGAAUCUUACAGGUUGUGUGAACUUAUUAGUUAGCCCCAGCUUCUCUUGUUACCCAAAUUUGGGAAUACUGAUCAUGGAGCGAUGUUCUCGAUUGGUUCAUUUGGAUCCUUCAAUUAAUGAUAUGAAGCUCUUGGUUUCCCUGAAUUUGAGGUUUUGCUCCGAACUUAACAUGUUGCCAGUGGAAAUGGAUGGGAUGAAUGCUUUGAGAGAUCUCCUGAUUGAUGGCACUUCCAUUCGAAAUGUCACUAGGAAUGACUCCCUCCAAACUCCUGCACCAGGA